CACACACAGAGAGCAACAGGUCUAAAUGCUGUCUGUGCACGGCUGCUUUUUGAUAACAAGGGCCUGAAACUCAUUAUAUUCCAAGCAUUGUUCCUACAUCUCUCUAAACUGGAGCAAUGAUAUUUCGGACAGCAAUGGAGCAUGCUAAGAGGCACCCUGGCCUCAUCCCCCAGUUCUUCUUCAUCUGUUUGGGAAUGGGCGGGGCGUCGAUGUAUCUGAUACGGUUGGCCAAAGGACCGCAUGUCACCUGGAACAAGACCAACAACCCUGAGCCGUGGAAUAAUCUUGAUCCCACAUACCAGUACAAGUUUGUGGCCAUUACCACAGACUACAAAAACCUGAAGAAGGAGGGACCUGAGUUCUGAAUCUCUCGCUUGCCUCCUCUCAAUGACCAGAAGCUGAAUUGUACCCUAGAUCAGAAUCUGUAACCCUUUAGUGUGUCUGUCCCUCUGGUGAAUUCCACCAAGAGGGUCAGUGAACGCAUCAUGAGUGCACAUAAGAAUAUUGAAAAAGUUUACCAUGUAGUAUUUCUACAUUAUUACACGACAGAUAAGACAGACAUGCACACUGCACAAAACAUAUGGUAUUGCAUUGUUGAGCCAAUACAAAUAAAAAUAAAAAUGUCAGCCAUCUGUUGGUUUCAAUUCAAAUCAUUAAAAUCAGUUAUUAGACUCAAAAAAGCUGAAGUAAAUUAUGCAAAUAAGCUUCAGGUGUCAGGCUAAUGUCCAAAACAAUAUGGAGACGAGUAGCUGCCUGGAACAGAUUGGAAAAAUACACAAGAUAUCUGAAACUUCAUGUAUCCAUAAAUUAUCAGCGGAAAAGUAAUAUAAGUGGCUCAAAGCAACGAACGCUUUUAAGUUUUAAGUUUUCUUUUAAUGUCAAAUGAAUGUGACUGGUCUGCAUGUGUUUCUUCAUAACCGGUACGUUAUUGUUGGUUUAGCAGCCACUAAAUUCAGCAAUGACUGUGUAGUGAUAGACGUAUAAACUGGGCUGGAUGCUUUCAAAAAAUAAAAUGUCAGUUUUAUGUGU